GUUUUGGGAGUUGUAGUUUAUCUCUGGCGAUAGGCUUCAGUUUCCGGUUUACGUCAUAUGUUUUCGUUUUUAGCAAGCAAGCUGUGUCUGUAGAGCAGGAAUAAAGAUCGGUUUCGGAGGAUUUCCAACAUUAGUAUAACUUUUAAGGACGUUGAUCGUGCGUUUAGCAGCAGCAUGUCGUACAUGUUCUCCAGCGAUUCUCUGCAGGCCACGCUCCCGCUGCUGCAGGCCUGCAUUGACGGAGAUGUGGCCUACGCUAAGCGCCUGCUGGAGACCGGCUUUGACCCAAACGCCCGUGAUUGUCGGGGACGCUCGGGGAUGCACCUGGCUGCGGCGCGCGGGAAUGUGGAGAUCUGUCGCUUGCUACACAAGUUCGGAGCGGACCUGCUGGCUACUGACGCUCAGGGGAACACUGCACUGCACAUGUGUGGACACGUGGACACCAUCCAGUUCCUUGUGUCCAACGGACUCAAGAUCGACAUUUGUAAUCAUAACGGAGCGACUCCUCUGGUCCUGGCUAAGAGGCGUGGUGUGAACAGAGACGCUCUUCGUCUGCUGGAAGGACUGGAAGAGCAGGAGGUGAAGGGCUUCAACCGCAGCUCCCAUUCCAGCCUGGAGAAGAUGCACAUAGCAGAUAAUGAGAGUGCCAUGGAGAGUCAUUCGCUCCUCAACCCUCACCUCCACCGCAGUGACGGCGUGUUCUCCAGCUUUCGCACCACAUGGCAGGAGUUCGUGGAGGAUCUCGGCUUCUGGAGGGUUCUGUUCCUCCUGCUCUUCAUCGCCCUCCUCUCACUGGCCAUUGCUUACUACGUCAGCGGAGUCUUGCCUUUUAGUUCGAAUCAGCUGGAACUCGUGCGUUAGGAUUAUAAUCCUGAGCGAUAACGAACUGACGGAGGUGCAGGAUUUAACUUGACUGAAUCGGUGAAUCAUUUUAAGGAAAUGAACCGUUUAUGUUUCUUAAACUCUUGUCAUGUGAAUGACGUUAUAAUGCAUUUUAAUGUCUGUGUAAAUAGUCAAAACUGUUUAGAUGCCUUUUAUUGCUGUCAUGUAAUAUCCUGCACAAGUUGGUCUGAACAUUUCAAACCGAAUGCGUCUUGUAGAAUCCUGACUAAAAUUGGUAAUUAACUCCUAAUGUUAAUGUACACAUGGAGUGAGUUAUACUCAUCAAAUUGAGAAAUCUUAUUCUCACAGAUCCACGUGUUAAUGUAAGCUUCUGGAAAUGAACAUUAACACAGCGUUUGGACCUGAACGCAAUUUACAGUAGAUCUCUCAGAGCAGGUUUCAAAUAGGGAGGGUCCUGUAGUAAUAUUAACACAUUUUAUUAACAAAACAGCGUCUAAUAAUGCAAACACGAAACGCACAACACAAUGAGAGUCUGUUAGUGAUUAUCUGUUUACCGUACGCUCACUACGCUUUAUACAUUUCUCUAAAUCUAAGGUAACUCAGAAGAUGAUUAUCAAGCUCUUGAUGAAGGUAAAGGAGAGAGGGAGGGGGGAGGGAUGAACAGAACUGAAUUUCAGAACUAGAUCCACAAAUUUUCUUUAGCUUUUGAUGAUUUAUAUUAAGAACAUUAACUAAAGAAUGCUGAAGUCUAGUGUUUAGAAGAGUGAAAAACACUACUGCUGAUUUAGUAAAUGGAAGGAACAGCGCUUGUAUGUUUAAAGUUUAUUUCCUUUUUAACUUCAUAAUCCAGGAUCUGACAUCAUCAUCAUCAUCAUAAUAAUAAUAAUAAUGCUGCUGUUAUGAACACUCUUGUCAUGUAAGACAUCACAUGUUUUAUGUGUCUGACGUUGCCGAAGUGCUUUCUCCUGAGUUUCAGUGGUUAUUCCAGACACCGAGCAGCAUUAGCUACAUCACAGACAUUGGAGAUGAAAGAUAUUCCAGCUUUCCAGUGUACAGAAUGAAUGAGAUUUUGUCAUUACGGGGAAAAUAGUAAUGCUUUUUUUUUUCCUUAAAAUGAUCCGUUUGCUUCUAUGUUACAGAGGAAAUUGUGUAAUCUUAAACGUAUGAUAAAGGCAGUAAAAUUGAAAAUCAGGGCCGUGGUAAUAAAGGCAUAAAGAGGCGUG